AUGAGCGCCAACUCGGAUCGGAGGUGGAGUCUCGCGCGCGCCACCGAGUUCUUCAGUGGCGACGGCAAACCUGACAUGCUCGACAUUCGUGGCAUGACCGCUGUGACCAAAGGCGCGGCCGGCAAGCGCGACAAGUUCCGCAAGAGCGUCUCGCGCUGCGGCGUGUCGAUCUACGGGCCAAAGCACUCGGCCGCUGCCUCGGCCAGCGAAGCGACAGCGCGCGAAAAGAUUUUCAUUGAAGACCCGCGCGCGCCGUGCCUAAACAUUGACUACUCGAGCGACGCGUACCGUCUCUUGCCCUCGUCCGAGAAGUUCUCGGCGCACACUGGCGUGUGCCAGAUCUUGGGCACCAAGUGCAUUCGCGGUGGCAAGCACCGCGUCCGUGUGGGAGACAUUAUCCGCUUUGGCAGCGUCGGGCUCUUGGUCACGGAGAUCGAUACGGGCGGCGUGGGUCUGAACGACGCGACGCUGAGCUCGUCGGAAGUCAACAGUCUCAUCCAGCGCGUCGUGUGCCACGACGAAGCGCUGGCCGACGUGGACAGCGGCAUGGACACGGACGAUGAGAACGCCGACGCGUCGGGCAACGACGAGUCGAAGCCGCGGUCGUCGCUCCAGCGGCAGAGCACGAGCGCCAUUUGCUACGUGUGCUACGACGAGUCGGAGGACGACAAUCCGCUCAUUGCGCCGUGCAAGUGCUCGGGCGACACGAAGUACAUCCACUUGAACUGCCUCAAGCGCUGGAACACGAACGGCGAGAAGAAUGAGAUUUGCACCGUGCUGGACGAGAGUAACGCGCGCACGUGCUCGAUUUGCAAAGCGCCGUACCCGAGCAAGACGCGCUUGCCGAACGGCAAAGUGCUGUCGCUGCUCCCGGACCGUCUGAACCCGCCGUGCAUUAUGUUCCAGGUCGUGACGAAGCACUCGUCGUCUACGCUGAAUCUGUCGACACGCUACCAGCUCAGCUACAAGAUGCUGAUGGACAACGACAUCCACCGUCCACUGAUGGUGGGCCGCUCGUCGCAGUGCGACUUGGUGCUGAAGUACCGCACGGUGUCGACGAUCCACGCCGAGAUCCAUUACUCGAAGGGCGAGUUUCUCCUCAAGGACGCGGGCAGUUCGAAUGGCACGUUGCGGUACAUUUACCGCCCGUUGAUGCUGCACAACAACCAGUCGCUGCACGUGAAGUUUGGGCGCACGGUACUAUCGAUUAAACCGACGAAGAAGAUCCGGCUGCCACAUUUUUUCGGCACGACGGGCCACCUCCACUCUAGUGGCUCACGACUGGACGAGAGCGGCGUGCAGGACGAAGACGAGAUGUCCAACACGUCUACUCCUCGAAACAAUAGAAUUCGAUACUACCAUCAUGCGGCGCAGCAGCAAGUGCAAGUGUUGCCGGCGACGCAACAGCAGCAGCAGCAGCAGCAGCAGGCCGGCCGCCAGAACUUGCAGACGCAGAUGCAGAAUUUAGACCUGUAA